GCCUUGAUGAAGGGCCUAGCAGUGAAAUCCCUCUGACAGACUUGAACCAGAGACCUUCUGAUCACAGCAACAGAGGAAUGCACCACCUCAGGACAAAGAUCUCAAUCCUAUUGAGCAUCUGUGAGAUGUUCAGGACAAAGUUUGACGCAUGGAGGCCUCACCUGACAACUGACAGGACUAAGGAUCUGCUGCUAAUGUCCUGGUGAAGGGUACCACAGGCCAGCUUCAGAGGUCUUUUGGAGUCCAGGCUUCAAUAGACAGCAGGUGCCUGGGCCCGAUGAGAUGAACUUCUCAGUCGAAACAAACACGUCCAUCGUCCUGCUGAGGGAGUCUUUAAAAUCAGCGCUGACCAGGAACAUCAUCGUUGUGACGCUCUGCAUCAUCAUCAGCUACAUCAACGGUGUCAUGGUCCACACCUUCCUAAGACACGAGAUCUUAAACGAGGACCCGCGAUACAUGCUCUUCAUCCACAUGGUGUUUAACGACAUAAUACAGCUGACGAUUGCAGUUAUGCUUCACGUUUUCAGCUAUGUCUUCUACACCAUCAACAUGUCCUUCUGCUGCCUCCUAUUGAUGAUCGCCAUCUUCUGCACUCAGAGCACUCCUCUGUAUUUAGCCAGUAUGGCUAUCGAGUGCUACAUCGCCGUCUGUUACCCCUUACGACACGCCCAGAUCUGCACUGUCAGAAGAACCUAUGUCCUAAUUGCUCUCAUCUGCACAUUGGGUGCCCUUCCUGUUCUGCCAGACCUCAUUGUUCUACUGGCUAUGGAUCCACUGAAUUUCUUCCAUUCCACAGUUCUCUGCAUCCGUGAGACUGUCUUCAAACAUCCCAUUUUGCAGAAGAAGAAGAAGGAGAUUAUAGACAUGCUGUUCCUGGUGUCUGUUUGGUGUAUCCUGAUCUACUCAUACCUGAGGAUCGUCAUGGCAGCGAAGGCGGCGAAGUCAGAUAGUCAAAAGGCUCGGAACACUAUCAUCCUGCAUGCUGUGCAGCUUUUGAUGUCAAUGCUGACCUACUUAGCCACAACAAUUAAUAAUGCCCUGUUGUACACGUUCCCUAAGUACAUUCUAGAGGUGAAGUUCACAACCUACCUGAUAGUUCAGAUUUUGCCAAGAUUUUUCAGUCCAUUUAUCUAUGGUGUUAGAGACCAAACUUUCCGUAAGUAUCUAAGGAAAUACUUGUGUAACAUAACUGUCCAUAAUAGGGAUGUAUCCAGAUAA